ACACCCUCCUCCUCAGUGGGAGGCUGGCUGGCUGGCUGGCUGGCUCCAUGGGCGGGAGUUCCAGGCCCGUCGGAGUUGAGCUGAGGGGCGGGAAAAGCCUCCUCUUCUGCCUGGAGAAGUUGUCACUCGAGUCUGGCGCGGCAUAGCCCUUCUGGGAAAGUCAAGGCCUCGCAAACGGGUCAUGUGGAAGCAUAUUGCUUAUACCCCACUCUUCCGAUAUCUACAGUGUCCUUUAUCUACAUGUUGUGCCCCUUUAUUUUGGGCUUCCAAGAACAAAUACCAGGAACUUUACAUGAGAAGACAGAAAACAUGGAACUUACUGAACUGUGAGGAUGGAGUAAAAACUGCCAACAUGCCUCCAAGCAACAUGAUACACUGCUCCUCUGUGAACUUCAAAACAAAAAAUGAACAACAGCAAACAAAAAUCCCAGUAUUAAAUGGGGACAUCCCUUCCCUUUAUAGACAUGUAUUUGAAAGCAAUUCAAGGAACAGCAAGGUCUGCAUUCAAAGGUACUCAGAAUUGCUUGAGAAGUUCAGUAAAGGAGGAGGGGAAAAUGCAAUAUAUCGUCACACCCAGAAGAACAAAAAGUUGCUUGUUCGUGAACGCUUAAGGAUGCUGCUUGAUGAUGAACAUUUCCUUGAGCUUUCCCCUUUUGCAGGCCUAGGUAUGCCUUAUGGGGAUGUUCCAGCUGGAGGCUGUCUCACUGGAAUUGGCAGAAUAUGUGGGAUUUGGUGUGUUUUCUCAGCAAGUGAUGCAACAGUGAAAGGUGGGACCCUUUUCCCAAUUACAGUAAGGAAACAACUAAGAGCUCAGGAAAUAGCAAUGCAGAACAGACUUCCAUCUAUUUAUCUUGUGGAUAGCGGAGGAGCCUUCUUGCCACUUCAGGCAGAAAUAUUUCCUGACAAGUCCCAUGGAGGUCGAACUUUUUACAAUGUGGCUAUGAUGUCUUCAUUAAGAAUUCCUCAGGUGGCAGUGGUGUGCGGUUCUUGUACAGCAGGAGGUGCUUAUCUUCCUACAAUGUCAGAAGAAGCAGCUAUGAUAGAUAAAAUUGGCACCCUGUUCCUUGCUGGACCCCCUUUAGUUAAAGCUGCCAUAGGAGAAGACAUUAAUUCUGAGGAGCUGGGAGGAGCCAUGCUGCAUUCCACGAUCAGUGGGUGUGUUGAUUAUUUUGCAUCUUCAGAAAAAGAGACAUAUGAAUGUAUUAGAAAUACUAUUUCCAUGCUGAAUUAUGAUAUUCCUGCAGAAGAGACUCUGGAGUUUGAUAGUCCCUUGUAUGAUUCGGAUGAACUUUUGGGCCUUGCGCCACAAAAUUACAGCUGCACUCUACAUAUAAAAUUAAUUCUGAGUCGUAUGAUCGAUGGUAGUAGAUUCCACGAAUUCAAAGCGAAUUAUGGAACAACGUUAGUAACGGGAUUUGCCUACAUAGAAGGACAGCUGGUUGGAAUAGUGGCUAACAAUGGUGAACUGACGCACAAUGCUUCUCUAAAGGGAUCUCACUUUGUACAACUUUGUAACCAAAGAAACAUUCCAAUCUUGUUUGUGGUCAAUACAGCUCCAGGUGCAGCAGCUCCAAGCAGUCCAAACCAGGCAGUGGACCAUGCUAACAGAUUAAAGGCACAUGCCUCCAUGAUGUCUGCAGUUGCUUGUGCUGCUGUUCCCAAGAUCACCCUUGUCGUUGGUGGCUGCUAUGGAAAUGACUCCUAUGCUAUGUGUGGGAGAUCAUUUGAUCCAAACUUCCUGUUCCUUUGGCCUAAUGCAAAAAUUGCCCUUGUGGAUUCAAGACAUUUGCCCACAUUCUCAGCAACUUGGGAUGAUGACAGUUCAGAAACAGAAAAUCAUCUUUUAAAGGAAAAGCUAAAGAAAGAAAGCAAUGCAUUUUACUCUACAGCCAGGAUUUGGGAUGAUGGUGUAAUCCUGCCUCAGAAUUCAAGGAAGGUUAUUGCACAGUGUUUAAGAAUUAUAAAACAGCAGAAACACCAAGUCAUGUCCCCGCAGUGGCUACCUAUGUCUGUCUUAAGAAUGUGAGCAGGAAUGCCUACAUUUAACUAAUAGAAUGUGAACAUUUGACUACAUUGAUACCAAAUGCUCAGAAGUUGUAUUUUAAUGCAACACAAUAUCAUUAUGAUAUUGAAGUAUUUAAAAGUAGCUGGUUUCAAGAGAUGUGUCAGUUCUUCAUUGUGCUUUGUACUUCAUUGGCAAGAUAUCUCAAUCGUAUAUGAAACGUGAUCAUGAAAUUCUUACUCAAUUAUUUGUUAGAUGCUUUCCCAAGAUUGAAGGCAGUUUACAUUAAUAUUUUGGGUUGGGGAAUAAAAAUAAAUACAGAAGGACAGUGUAAAAAUAUGAGCAAGUAGACUAAUCAGCCAAAACAAAAAUUGUUAGACCUCUGAAAGACCCAGAAAAGGGUGCUGAAUUCAUCAUGAAGAGAUUACUCUUGACUAACUGAAGUAAAACAGUAUUUCCAACUGUGACAACUGAUAGAGGAAAUAUGGGUAGCUUAGGUGAUUGAAGCUGUGGAUAAGGCAGGAAAUGGAGAGCUGUUUUCAAGGAUACGACAAACAGUUUUCAUUGAUUUUUGUAAUUCUGACAGAAUUUUGCAUCUAUCUUGAAGAUGAAGAUUGCCUUUUAUGCAAGAAAGAUUCUUGAGUUAAUCCUUAUUGCCAAUAAGAAUAAAUGGAUAUUUUCCCCUCAGAAUUGAGGGAAGGUUUUUCAAACGUACUGUAAUGUAAUGAUUUUAUGUAUUAGCCCUAUUGUCUUAAAGUGUAUGAAUUCAUCAUGCUUAGCAGAAUUAGAAUUCUCAAUUUGUAUCUGAGCUGAUUAUUUUGAUAAAUGGUAAAUUGCAACUUCCUAAUCCUCCGUUUAUAUGAGAAUGUUAUCUGCUGAAAAGAAUGUGUCUCCCUUCCCCAGUCCCUUGGUUUUAAAACCUGAAGGAUCAUGUCUGUAUCUUACUAAUGAAUCAAACCCCUAGGUCAUAGAAUAAUCAGUGAAAGUAUUUUGACAGUGUAAUAUUGAUGCUCUGUUUUAUACGAUUUUCCAUCUUUCAGAUUAGUAAUAAAAUACUGUCAAUUUGCAUAUACAUUUAUUUAGACUACAUUAACAUGGUUUACAAAAGUAUGCCUGCAUUCUGUAAAUGUAUAUUGAAAUGUGAACUAAUUUUAGAAACCUUAGGCAGAGUUUAGGAUUCAGGGGUGGGCUUUUUUUAUCCAGAAAGGGAGACUCUCAUCAUAGGCCUAAUGAAAAGCCAUCAUGCUUUUUUGAAAAAGCCAUGGAAAGUAACUGGGAUAUUUAUGUCCACUUCUGCCCGGGCGACUUCACUCAUGUCCUUUGCGCUCAAGAUCAAAAGAUAGGCAGGUUUUGGUCCAUUGCCAGGGCUAACGAUAAUGCUCAGAACAACACCUAAAAAAAUAAAGGAAAGGAAAGGAAAGGAAGGAAUGGAAUAUGUGUUACCUCAAGUUUUGAUAAACACUAAGAAUAAAUCACUGCCUUAUAUACUUUUGGAUAAGUUGAAAAUCUUUGACAAAAAAAUCGACUUAUACGUGCAGCAGUGCUGAAAUAGGGACCCAGCAUGAAGGCAAUGAUGCGAAGCAGAGGUAAGAAGCACUCCCAUCAUAUUGCCCAUCUCUUGCUAAAACCAGAGAAAGAAAGGCAGUUCUCCCUCCCUCAUUGCCUUUUUUGACCUGAAUAGCAAUGUAGGGGAGCCAUUUGGGGUGCCUGAGGUGGAGCACAGUGGUGGCAGCCAUUUUUAAUAAUGGCUUUCUUCAUACGCUUCUCUGUAGAGAGACUGCAGUUGAAAUUUUUAUUAGGGGCUUACUGUAAAGCCUGCAUGCCCCUAUUAAAUAACCACUGAACUAUCAUGAAGUUUUGUUGGAAAGGAGGAGGGGAGGUUUGUCACUGCCUUCUGCAAAGGUCAAAACAGUAUGAGAUGUCCAAGGUCACCCAGUGGUUUCCAUUGUUGAGUAGGCAUUUAACUUUGGGUCUUAAGCAGUUCUAGUCCAACAAUCAAAACCACUGCACCACAUUGGCUGGCCAUCAAAAACUUCCCUUGUGAAAAUUUUUUGAAAACUGAAAAUAGAUUACCAUCAUCCUCUUCUAGGGCAUCGGGGUGAGAAACAAAAAUUGGUUCCGAGGGGUAUGCAUCUGGUUCUUGCCAUACCCAAGUUUCUCUAGUUUUAAUAUUUAUCUUGCAAAGCUAGAAAGAGAUUAUAGGUGAAACAUUAACUUUUGUUAAUUUAUUAUUCACAUAUGUAAACUGUUUAGACAAAUAAGAGUCAUUAUCAUUAUUAAUACCUUAAAUUCAUGCAAAAUGUUUAUCCAUAUUCAAAUAUUUGGCUCACUCUUGGAAUAUGGUAAUAACUGUUCCAAAGGCAUGGUAAUAUAAUGGUAGAGGACAAGGGUUCUGAUGUGAUUUAAUUGAUUCAGAAAUAAAGAUUUGGGCCUUAGAAUAAAUAUAAAUUGGCAUUACCGAGUAUAGUUUGUUCUAGUGAACAACAAGAAGAAGAACUUGAUAGGGUUUGGAUUUGAUCCAUUACCGGUGAUAAAAUUUAUUCUCUUUUUUGCAUGGCUUAUAUAUUGCUUAUUAUGUUAUAGUAUCAGAAGGUACCAAUUGUUGAUACAUUUUUAUGUAAAGCAUAUUUGCAUUUGUCAACUUGGGCAUAUACAUAAUAUUUUCAUGUAGGAAGUGGAGGGAUUAAGAUAUACUUCAUGUUUGAGUUAAACAGAUAAUUGGAUCUUAUAAUGUAUUCAAGUUUCUUCUGGGCACUUUGAUAAAACAACAAAACAAGUAUCAAAAAUAGUGUUCAGAUUGGGCACUGCAGUGCGACUUCACAUUUUCAUACUACUGUUAGCCCUGAUCAGAUUUGUAUCCAUGUUUGCUUUUUAGCAAGUGUUAGCUUAUUUUACAUAUGUCCAUUUGAAAUGGUUUGAUGAACAUCCAUAUAAUGCUUACCCUGUCUGGAACAAAGUGAUUCAAUCCUAAGCCGUAUGCAAAUGUGUAUGGUUUCCCAGAAUACUUUGUAUAGUUUAUUUGUGGGAACUCAAAAGCUAUAAAACAAAACAAAUAUUAGUGAAUUAUUUGCAUUUCCUCACCAAGCUGCUUUGGUUGUUUUUGACGGAGGUUGGUCUUACCUUGACGGGGCCCUGAAAAAAUGACUUCUGGCUCUAGCCAAAUGGUUUCGUCACUGUUCAGAGUGGCAGUAGCUGUGGUAUUGGGCAGUGUGAUUAGGUUUUUGCCUGUAUCAGCCUACAUGAAAGAAAGGUAAGCUAAUGAGGAAAAUAGCAGCUUUAUAUUUCUGUAAAUGAACAAGGAGAGAAUGAAGCUAUUCUCAUGUGUUUCACCCUUGAUCCUAACAGUGUGACUUAGGAACAGAAUUAAGGGUCUAUUUAUACAUUUAGGAUCAAGUUUGAAUAGGCUCAUUUCAAAAUCUGCUUUCUCCGGGAUGAAUUCAUCUGUGGCUCUUUUUCCUUGGAAAGGUUCAACAUUCCUAUGAAAGGAUAAUGUGAUAGAAUUCACCAACUUAUAGCCUGAUUUGUUCACCCAUCAACAAGAACUUAAUAGUGUAAUGUAUCUUUGCGUACACUUUAUGGGUAAAAAUGUACACCAUGUACAUGCAGUAUAGUAAUGUCAUGUUCUCUUCGCUUGUUGGGGGAGGCCCUCCUCUCGCUCCCACCACCCUCGCAGUCACGGUUGGUGGGGACGAGAGAGAGGGCCUUCUCUGUCGUGCCCCCCCGGCUUUGGAACUCGCUUCCUAGAGAGAUCAGGCAGGCCCCUACCCUCCUCUCCUUCCGAAGGAGGUUAAAAACCUGGCUCUUCCAAAAGGCCUUUGACACUUAAUUUGUUGUUGGACUGAUCUAUCUGCCCAUUUUAUAAUAGCCCCAUUCUUGAGGUGUUGCCAAUGUUAUUUUGCACUUUAUUGUCCAUUUCAACCGUGAAAUACCUUCCCCAUUCCGGCACAUUCUGUACUGGGUUUUAUGAAUUAGUCUCCUGUUUUAAUAUUGUAUGCUUCAUGUCGAUUUUAUUGAUUGUUUUACUGAUAAUUGAGGUUUUAUUGGUAUAAUUGUUUUAUUGUUGUAUCAUUGAUAUUUGAUUGUUUUAUCGGGCUAGGCCCCAUGUAAGCCGCCCCGAGUCCCUCCGGGGAGAUGGGGCGGGAUAUAAAAAUAAAGUUGUUGUUGUUGUU